AUGAAGGAAGAGCUAGAAAUAUUCAACAACGAAGAGAUAGAAGAAGUUUCUACUGACCAUGGAGAAACUCUUAUUGUUCGUGGUAACCUUAACACUACUACGAUGACUAAAGAUGAAAGUUGGCUUCAUCAUAACAUAUUCUAUACAAAGUGCACAUCCCAAGGGAAGGUUUGUAAUGUCAUUAUUGAUAGUGGAAGCUGUGAAAAUAUUGUUGCCAACUACAUGGUGGAAAAGUUGAAACUUCCAAGUGAAAUACAUCCUCAUCGUUACAAGUUACAAAGGCUGAGAAAAGGAAACAAAGUUAAGGUAACAAAGUGUUGUUGUGUUCAAUUCUCUAUUGGAAAUAAGUAUGUAGAUAAAGUCUGGUGUGAUGUCAUCCCAAUGGACGCAUGUCGCUUAUUGUUAGGAUGCCCAUGGCAAUAUGAUCGUCGAGCUCACCAUGAUGGAUACAAGAAUACUUAUUCCUUCAUCAAAGAUGGAGCAAAAAUUAUGUUGACUCCAUUAAAUCUAGAGGACCGACCAAAGAAACAAGAGGAAGAUAAAGCACUUAUCACUAUGUUUGGCUUAAACAAAGCUUAUCGUGAGUCAAACCAUUUAUGUCUCUUAUUCUUUAAGGAGAAUAAAGUAUCUUCGCCUUUAUCCAAGGAUGGUCAAAUAGAAUUGGUCAACAAAAAUUUGGAAAACUUAUUGAAAAGCCUUGUGGGCAACCAUGCCAUUAACAAGACUACAAUUAAGUAUGAUUUUCCUAUCCCUCAAUUGGAUGACAUGCUCAUUGGUUUUAAGGUGAUUUUGAAGAUCGAUUUGAAGAAAGGAUAUCAUCAGAUUAGAAUGCGACUUGGAGAUGAAUGGAAGACAACCUUCAAAACACCAGAUGAGUUAUUUAAAUGGUUGGUGUGGACUAUGAUAGUAUAUGGAUCCAAACAUGGACUAUGUCCUAGCCUAUUCAUUGGAGUCGAGUUCUUUUGA